AAAAAGGCAUCAUUAUGACAGAUCAACACUCUCGAUGCUUAGUGACUUUUCUUUUCACAAACAACAUUUUUCACAGUACCAUGAACUUAAAAAGAAAUGGAUGGCUCUAAUAACAGAAAAGUUGAAAUCUGGCAUAGUGUGCUACGCAGCUUCAUUUCAAAUUAUGACAGUGCUAGUCAAAUUAGGGACAAAGCCCUGUCAUUUGCUGCAUCAAAGACAGAACAGCUCUUUCAUAACUAUUUAACAACACCAUACAGUAGAGGUUAUUCUGAAAAAGACCUAAGUUUGGUGACUGGUACAGCUGCUGAUGCAUUACUGAAAAUCAUCAAGCAAGUUGGUCAAAAUCUGGGAAAAGCAAAGCAGGUUCCACAAGAAACAAAUGCAAGAGGGCAGCCUAAAGGAGACAUGAAUUUUUUUCUUCCUACCUUUGACACCACCAUUACUUCAAAAGCAAUGCCCCUUGGCUACUCAUUUGUAAAAGAAGACCCUUCCACAAUACCUGAUCCAAAAUUAAUCUGUGACUACAAAAACUGCACGCAAUUAUCAACAACCAUUGUCAAUCGCCUUAACUGUUUUCACACAUUUCACAAUUUUUGUUUAGAAGAAGCUGGAGACCAGUGUCCAAUCUGUUCCCCUCACCUUGCUGAAAAAAUUGCAGAAAUCUGUUCAGCAUUUAAUGAAAGCUUGUUGAAACCAACAGCAAAAUCUACUAGAACCCCACAAAGCAAUCAAGAACCUGGUAGUAAUGAUGAGAAUGACAGCAUUAAUGUCAAAAGAAAUUGUGACCCUGAAUACUAUGACUCUGCACAAUGGGAAUCCCACAUUGACAGCGAGUUAAAUUCAUUUGUUGUUGCACAACCACAACUGCGACACAAUGUUCCCAAUCACCAGGCUGCACCUUCACAGGCAAUUGACAUCCAAGUUACCACUCAUCCAGUUGGUUCAUCUACAUUUUGGUUCUUUCCUCCUUACAUAUCUCAGUCAACUCUACUUGGAAGAAAUGGAUCUAAUGCAUUUACUUUUAUCUCACUAAUUUUGGCCCAUUCAUAUAUCACUUCUGCAAACCGAACCAGUAUACAGCUCAGCCGUGGUCCUCCCAUAAACCCUCAUUGGCUUUCAAUGAUGUUAUCUGCAAUUGUUCGUGGCAACAGCAUAUAUGACACUGUGACAAAUGGUCGCGGGUCUCCAUUCUUUAGUGUUGUUAAGGCAAAACCACAUCUAGAUUCAGUCAUUGGGACUGUUUCUCUUGAAGACACCCUCGAUCUGUUAAUUACAUCAGGUAAUCCACAGGUUUUACAAAGUUCACUUGCAUUUUAUCUGCAAAGGCUUGAUCGCGAACAGAACCUAGCAGCAAUAGUCAUAGCUAAUGGAAUGACAAUAUCUCUCGUCGGACACGAUUCAAAGAUCUAUGUUCUAGAUAGCCAUCUACACUAUGCACACGGCCAUAACUUUGGAGCGAUGAUCGGAAUGAGUCCCAAGGAUGACUUGGAAGAAUUCCUCAGGAAUAUAAAGAAACUUAUCUCGCCCAAAUUUGAUGUUUGCUCCCUGACAUUUGUCUCGUUUUCACGGCAGCAGUAG